AUGAGUUCUAUGAAUCGAUGGCAGUUACCUCCAAGUACCUGGGUAAUCCCAAAAGGAGUGCUAUGUGAGAGGUGCGAAGAACAAACAUAUAACACAUCAACCUGCCCUGCUAUAGAUUUAAAGAUGGCCCGAGGUGUGCCUGUACCGCCAGGCAAAAUAGUACAACUUCAUGAGCGAAACGUGCAAUUAAGCAAAGACAUUGACGACCUUUUUACUGAACUUUUGGCAGAGAUGGAAGGCCAGGGGCCGACGUCCCCAACUACAUCCACAGGAUAUUCUGAUCCAAGGGGACGACUUCAAGAUCUGAGGCGCAUCAUCAAACACUUUGGCAAAAAGAGCGUGGCCUGGCGUGUCCGUAUACUCAAGAAACGAACCCUUCUUAAGCAUCGAAAGGAAACCCCUGGUUUAGAUGAAGAUGGCCAGGAGACCACCGACGAUGAAGUCGAGUUUGAUGACGAAGGAAUAUCUGCAGCAGACCAAAUAAUGAUCAAGCAAGCGAGACAUGAACUCACUCACGGCGGGGACAUCGUCGAUGAUGUAGAAGCAAUCCAAUAUGCUGAGCAACUUGACAUGGAGCAAGUGCCAGAGUUCAAAUCCGAUUUUGCCAACGCUUACGGCCUCUCUUUCGACCUGGCCAUGCACAUUGUGGAAAUAAGUCCAAUAGAGCUUCUAAAUACCUUCAACAUUUUUGCGUCGGUUCGUGAAUAUCCCCGCUGGCAGAAAAGUGAGGCCCGGGCAGAUAAGAUAGCUAUCGAGGACACAGCGACACUUAUUAUCGACGCUGCGCUACUUGUCCCAGAAGCAGAUCGGGCGAAACUAUUUGGCCCUGAUGGAGCCUUGGAGGAGAAAUAUCGAUCCAUACAGGAAUUAUAUCUGCAUAGAGUUCUAGGAAUCCGGAGAUAA